AUGGCGGUGUUGAUCUUAGCGGCUUCAACCGCGCAGUCUGCAGAGACUGGCGAAUCAGUCUCUGCACCAAUAAGUUUAGAACUAGCAUUUCCGCCAGAAGAAUACGAUGAUUAUGGAGUGCCUCCGGAGGCAUCGCCGGAGCUGUUCAAGUACUUGGAAAGCUGCGUUGAGAAGAUGGAAGACGAAUGCGGGGAACAGACGGUGGGAUAUCUGUUCAGCAAUGAACCACUGAUGACUGACACUUGCUGCAUGCAGCUGGUGGCCAUGGGAAGAGCUUGCCAUCGGGCCAUGGUCAACAUGACGCUUUCGCUUCCCGACUUUAAAGCCUAUGCCUCCAUUGCUCUGCCAAAGAGCGACCAGCUAUGGGAUAAAUGUGAGGUUGUUAGUCGGGAAGGUCUUCAACUUGCUCCUGUUUAUAAUUAA